AUGAAGAAUUUGCUUAUUCCUUUAUUUCGAAUGACUGUAGUAACUCCUAAUAAGAGAUAUUUCAUUCUUUCAAUUAAUCAACCUACCAAUUUAUAAACUUAAAGUCUCUUUGAUUAAGGUCAUUUAAUAUUUGCAGCAAAAAAAGAUCAAGGAAUGAUGUACAUAUUUAACACUAAAGAUGAAGUCAUCCCUUAUGAUUUUAUUACUCAAGUAUGUUUGUAAUUUAUCAUAGGACAGCUCUAUUAAAGAUUUCAAAAUUGAGGAAAUUGAAUUAAGAACAUAAGGAGAAUCUAAAUAAUUAUCACAUUUAUAUAAAUUUAGAUGAA